CACUCUUUAUUCUGUGCAUUUGUUAUUGUGAAAAAAUGGCGGUGAAUUUGUUUGUUUGGUGAUUGAGCUCAAUUGUUAUGUUUUUAUUGAUCAAACGCUAUUGUGUUUAAAAUUUAGACAAAAGAUUGCAUGUCAGGUUGAUGGUGCAAGAAUAAUGAGUGAACAAGCUAAUGUACCUCGUUAUAUGGCCCAACUCUUGGAAGAGUUGGGAUGGAAUCAAGGGACAAGAAUACCAUUGGCAAAUCCUGAUAAUCAAAACUUAGAAACUUUAUUGAUAUCAAGACAAAAUGAGAUCCAACGUCUCAAAGAAGCGCUUAUACUUCAAAAUCAGAAAUGUGAUGAUCUCAAAAAAUACAAGGACCAUGUUCAUACGGAAUACCAAGAAAAUACGCGUCUUCUAUUUGCACAUAAGCAGCAGUUAGAACAAGAGGUGAAGCUUCGGCAGCUAUCCUGUAACGAGGCAGACCGCCUGGACCGGGAUGUUAUUGACUGUGCCAAGCAGAGCAAGGAUAUUAAUCUGCGCAUAGAUCGCUUACAAACGAACAUUGCCCGUCUGCUAAAGAAGGCGGAUUCUCUCAAGGGCGAAGUGUGCGGUGACCGAGGCGCGCUGCAAGAGUGGCGGGCCGCGCUCGAGCGGAGCGCCGGCGACAUCUCCGCCAUCGAGCAGUUCACCAAGCAGGACCUGUCUAAAGCUAAGGCUCUGGAGACCAAGCGGCAGAAGUUAAAGCUGGAACAUGAUCGCAUCCACGACCGUCUUGCGCAACUGGUGUCCAACCUCAGUGCUGAAGAAAGGGCAUGCGAGAGGAUCUCUAUUCAGGUGAUGGAAGGUAUGGACCAGAGGAAGCAAAUGAUGACAAUGUGGACCAGCGCCGUUGAGAAUUUAAGACAACGCGAUACCGACAUACGACACAUUAGAGAGGACUACGCAGUACUAGAAGCCGAGGCGAACAACAUCGCGGAACAAUGCCGCGAGCAACAAGCCUUCUGCGACCAACAGCGCGGCAACAACUUGGACGCCGGGCGCGAGAACAUGGGCAUGAUGCAGCGCCUCAGCCAGAUGCGCCUCGCCUACCAGGAGAUAACCGACCUCAACACCUCCCUGGACAGCGAGAUGCACUGCCUGCAACGUGAGUUAAGCAACAUGCGAGCGACUCUAGAGAAGCUUCACAUGGAGAACCGGCACAUCAUGGAUGACCAGCACCGCAAGGACAUGGCGCUACAGCUCGUCAACAAUAAGAUAAGAGAGCUCAAGGAAAAAUUGACAGACUCCUUGGAUAAAUCCAAGUCGUCUGAAAAAAGGGCCAAAGAGCUCGAAGAGAUGUUGAACGAAGAGGAGCGCUACGCCAGCCAACUGACGGUGAAUCAGCAGCGAGCGAUGCAUUGCUCCUUCGUAGAGCAGCAGAAACUGCUGGCGCUCAAGAACGAAGAAAAACUGUUCCAUAUGCAACUGAAGGCCUCUAAAGCAAUAAUGAGUAAACUGGACACGAAGCAGCGCGGCGUUGAGAGAAACCUACAGAGCCAGAAGGAAACACUAUAUUCAGUCUGUUAUCAAGUUGAAACAAUUGGAGCCCGCGCAUCUCACAUGGAAGGCGCUCAGGCCGAGCGUGAAUGCUCUGCAGAACUUGUGGAAAGAGAAAACAGGUGAACAUAUAACUCAUUUCACCCG